CCUCUUAUCUCCGCCUGGGACGUCCGAAGCCCUUCCUUCCCGCAGGUGGGUGGUGCAGGUGGGGCCACGCAGGACUCACUCCUCUGCUACCGCCUCCCUCGCUCUUCCUUUCCUCCGGGCAGAAGCACAGCCAGAGGGGUUCUGUGGGCCACCAAAUGUCACCAAUGAAGUCAUCCUUAGCCGAAGAAAUCCUCCAGCAGCUGCCUCUGGCCGAGAAGACAGCUGUGUGGGGCACUUUGGGGACCAUCCGACCUCACCUGAGUUUCGAUGUAGAAAGAGACGUCCAAUCCCUCCUCCAAGCUGUAAGCGGCGAAGGUGUCCACUGUGAAGCCAUCCUCGACCUCUUGACUAGUCGGAGUGAUGACCAGCGCCAACAAAUCGUGGAGGAGUUUCUGGAUUUCACAAAACAGGACUUGCUGAAAACACUAGUAGCCGCUGUUCCUGUGGACCUUGAAGCCGUCAUUGUUGGGUUGCUGAAGCCAAAAGCCCAGUUUGAUGCCCACGAAAUCAAAGACGCUCUAGAGGCCUCCGAGACGGAAACACUGACAGAAAUCCUGUCGACGCGAACAAAACAGCAGCUCAGAGAAAUCUUGGAUUUUUAUAAGCAUGAUUUCAAGUCGGAUUUGGAGACGGACAUCAGUUUGAGGACCAGCGGCUUCCUGAAGGACCUCUUGGUUGCCUUGAUCCAGGGUAACCGGGAAAGAUACACCGGAGUCAUUGACUACGUCUUGAUAAAGCAAGAUACAAAGGCUCUCACCGAAGACUGCGGCGGUGAUGCAGGGAGGCCGAAGGAGAGCGACUGGAUCCGGGUCCUCACUCAACGCAGCCCUGAACACCUCAAUCGAGUGUUCAGCUGUUACCACAAUUCAACUGGGUGGCGGAUCGAAGAUGCUGUUGAAAAAUACUUCCAGGGGAUUGACCGAGAGUCCGGCUUGACGCUGGUCUCCGUUCUCCAAAACACACCCCUCUAUUUCGCCACAAAACUCUACCACGCUCUUAAGGGUCCAGGGUCCAGUUUGAAAACAGUGGUGCGCAUCAUGAUUUCCCGCAGCGAGAGUGACCUCCUGAGCAUCCGGGCCGAGUUCAAGAAACACUUUGGCGUCUCUCUCUAUUCCUUGAUCGGGAUGGACACGAAGGGCGACUUCCGGCUGGCUUUGCUCGGCCUCUGCAGGGCGGAAGAUCUGUGAACGCGAGCCUCCGUGGACAGAAGAAAACUGCCUUUGAAUCCCAAACCUUUCAAACCUCUGAAUUAAAAAAAAAAGACAAUAAUUCAAGAAAGAGUUGCCCUU